UUAUAUACAUAAAUAUUUAUAAUUAUAUUUGAUUAUUUUAUAUUUUUCCUUUGUAUGUUUACCUCUCUCCCCGCCUCACUUUUCCUCAAUACUUUAUCCCCAAUUCUGAUCCCCGACCCCCCUUCAGUCUUGCACAGGUGUACCGGCUCCUCCCCUUCAGUCUUGUACAGGUGUAUCGGCUCCUCCCCUUCAGUCUUGCACAGGUGUACCGGCUCCUCCCCUUCAGUCUUGCACAGGAGUACCGGCUCCUCCCCUCCAGUCUUGCACAGGUGUACUGGCUCCUCCCCUUCAGUCUUGCACAGGUGUACUGGCUCCUCCCCUUCAGUCUUGCACAGGUGUACAGCUCCUCCCCUUCAGUCUUGCACAGGUGUACCGGCUCCUCCCCUUCAGUCUUGCACAGGUGUUCUGGCUCCUCCCUUUCAGUCUUGCUCAGGUGUGCUAGCUCCUCCCCUCCAGUCUUGCACAGGUGUUCUGGGUCCUCCCCUUCAGUCUUGCACAUGUGUACCGGCUCCUCCCCUUCAGUCUUGCACAGGUGUACCGGCUCCUCCCCUCCAGUCUUUCACAGGUGUGCCAGCUCCUCCCCUUCAGUCUUGCACAGGUGUUCUGGCUCCUCCCCUUCAGUCUUGCACAGGUGUUCUGGCUCCUCCCCUUCAGUCUUGCACAGGUGUACCGGCUCCUCCCCUUCAGUCU